AAGGUAAAUGUUCAAACCGACCUUUUUACCACCGAGCAACCGAACCUGGCUGCUAAACCGCGAGCAAUAUAUUCACAACGCAAAUCUAUCGAAGUUUGUGAUCACCACCGGAACCCAAGAUGUCUCCGUCAAUAUCACCUGUCUCAUCAGCUCCCUCAUCAUCAUGGCCACCGUCAUCAUCAGAAAAGCGCCGAUAUUAUGCUCCGCUGACGCCUUCCCCGCUAAACCCAAACAUCUAUCUUGACGAAACCCACAGUUCCAAGGGGAGAUCAUCACCAUCGGCAACAUUAACCACCCAGCCUUCAUCGUCACCAAAACCAAAACCCAGUCCACCCUUAAAAACCCCUCACCACAGACAGGCCAACCACAGCGCAAGCCCAACACAGUUCCUCCUGCGGCAAAAAGCAGCCGCGGCCUGGCGGUCUGAGGCCUUGCGAUACCAGACUCUCUCCCAGUCCCAGUCCCAGUUGCCUUCCCGGGCAAUACUAGACGCUGCCCACGCCUACGCCCACGCCACCAUCUCCAAGAGCCAUGACGAGAAGGGGACUGAGAGGCAGCAGCAGCCGCAGCAGCAGCAGCAGGGUGGUUGGACCGCGACGGUUGGCCCCGGCGGCGACGCCAUCCUCACCAUCACCGUUCCCGAGGAGACCCUGCUUUUGGACGGUGCUGACAAGCCCCGGAGCGAGGAGGGCGGGGAUGAAGAGAGUGACAUCGGGUUGCUAAUACGGCCUGUCGAUAAGCGCAGUGCAGGUGACGGCGGCGGCGGCGGCGGCGGCGGCGGCGGUGGUGGUGGUGAUGGAACCUUUCAGCUUCUGGGUUUGUCCGAGACAUCGCCUUUUCCGUCGGCGUCUGUGACGGUGGUGGCGGGAGAGCCGGCGCGGUGCUCUGCUGCCCGGCGGCUGGAGCCGCAUUCUUCUCGCAAUCGCGUUACCAUGCGGCGUGUGUUGUUUGUGAUGGGUUUGUUAUUCGGGCUGGGGCUGAUACAUUGCGUGAUGCGUGUUUUUCUUGCGAGGAGAUUCGGCCCACACGAGGUUGAGCCUUGAUUGAACCGUCGGAACGGGGGAAAGGGGGUCGGCAGCGUUUUCCCAUUCGAGAGUGCAGUUUUGUCCAAGCAUGCUGGGUAUAUGCGUUCUUGUGAGUUGGGGUGAAUCGAAUCUAAACCAUACCCAAUACACCAUCUGUCGCCGCGCUCUCCAAGUUGACUAGAACCGCCUGGAUUGUCUAACACCGCCUGCUCGCCCCCCAAAUCAAUAUACCACC